AUGAAAUCAAUUUCAUUUUAAGGCAACAUCUCGAUUGAAGAUUUAUCUAAUAAGAGAAUUAAUCUAGAUACAUAGUUAAAGCUUUCUGAUGAUUAAUAUGUUCGUAAUAUUUUACCAUUAAGAAUUCAAAAUUUUGAAAUUAAACGAUUAGAAUGGAAAGAUUUUAUUGGUAAACCAGAUGAUGAAUCUCCUUGGAUUGCUCAUUGUUAUUGGAACAAUUCUUACGAAUAUUACUUUAAUCAAGAUAGAGAAUAAGUUAAUUACAGAGAAUAAUCUCCAUUGCGUUUACCAAGAAUACCAUUACAAUAAAUUAAUUAAGUUAAUUAGUUAAAUAUCAAAACAGAAAGUGUAAGGACAUCUAGUGUUAAUAAAAUUAAAAGAUUACCUACCCCAACUAUUAGUUCAUCACCUUAAAGAGCUGUUAAUAGAAGUAAUUCAAGUUCUGCAUUAAGAAAAUAAUCCCCAAGUGUUCAAAAAAUUAAAUUAAAUGUUAAAUGUAAGUUUCUUGAAAAAUCUUGGGCUAAAUCCAAAAAAGAUGAUUUAUUAUUAGAACAUGAAACAGGACAUUAUUUAAUUGGUUGUCUAUCUGCUUUAGAAUUUAAAAGAAAAGUAGAAUGCUCUGAUGUAAUGAAAUCAAAUAAUCAUUAAUAAUAAAUUAGGAAUAUUUUUAGAUAGAAUUUAAAGGAAUACAUACAAAUUGAAAAAGAUUAUGAUGAAGAAACUAAUCACUAUAAAGAUGUUGAAAAAUAAAAAAUGUGGAAUAGAAAAUUAAAGGAAUAAUUACUAUUUUAUGAAUGUUAUUUUAAUCAUUGA